AUUAAUUUGAAUGUUUAUAUGUUGUUAGUUGAAUUAAUUAAGGAUCGAUGUAAAUUGUAAAGUAUGGAAAAAAAAACUGAAUGGCUUAUAUCUAGAAAGAAAAACUGAUUUGAAGACCAAAAUAAUUUUAUCUAGGUCAAAGGUGGUUGUAAAAACAGACCUAAGCUAAGCAUAAAUAUGACUAAACUAUCUAAAGAAACAAUUGAUCAAAAAGUUGAAUCCAUAUAGAACCUCACCCUAAGAACCCUUAAUAAUCAUGCCUAAGAGCCGGCUCUUACCUUUUUUAGUUAAAAGUUAAGAGACAGUUUCUUAUAUUCCACUAAUAACCCCACCCUAAAAACCCUCCAAUAAUCAUGCUCUGCCAUUUCUCUUUUCUCAUUUUCUAUAUUUUUAUUUUUUUUAUUUGGUUAUAUACUUGUCUAGGACUUACCGUUGGAAAAACUCUAAAAUCAUCAUUAUCCCGAGUUUCUUAGGCUGGGGUUCUUAGAGAAAUAUAAAAAUUGUUUCUUAAUUUUUAACUAAAAAUUUAAGAAACUUAAAAUACUACUUUAAAAAACUCUUGAUAAUGAUGCUCUAAAAGCACCUUCAAUGGUUAGAAACCAUGAAAGUUUCUAAAACAAAAGAAAAAUAUUAGUAUUAUAAUUAUUUAUUUAUUUUUUAUUUUCUUUAAAUUAGUUAAUUAUCUAUUUGAAUGACAUGUGUCCUUUUAUUAUCUCAUAGUUUCUUAAGAAUUCAUAACUAAGUUCAUUUUUUUUUCUAAUUUCAUUUUUUUUUUCUUUAAAUACUAAGAACUUCUCCUAAUACUAUUAUUGGAAGUGUUCUAAUUACGAGUUUUUAAGAAAUUGUAGAAAACUAAAAGAACACAUGUCAUUCGAAUAGAUGAUUAACUAGUUUAAAAAAAAUAAAACAUAAAUAAAUAAUUAUAAUACUAAUACUUUUUUUUUAUUUUAGAAAUAAUAAUGGUUUCUAACCAUAAGUAACUACUAUUAUGAAAAUUACAUGAUCGAAUCCAUUCUUAAUUUCUUAUCCAACUUAUUACCAAACUAUUCUUAUAUCAAAUCCUUUUUAUAAAGUAAUAUGUGUGUUAACACCAUAUCAAGUUCAUGUAUAUAUAUAUAUAUAAACUCUCUGGGACAGUCAGCCUCACAACUAAAUAUUCACGCAUCAUCCCUCUCUCUUCUAGCUCUCUUUAUGGACGAACUAGAUGGAGAAAGAGAAACAAAAGAUUUCAUGAACGUUGAAUCUUUCUCUCAACUUCCAUUCUUCCGUCGUCCUCCCUCCAAAGAUAAGAGCUCUAAACCCAUUCGUCUAUUCGGAAAAUAUUUCACCGGCGGAGAUUACUUCGGUGAAGACCACUCCGAGAUCAACAACAAAAAAGAUAAAGAAAAAGAAGAAGACCAAACCGAAGAUGACGGUAAGGACAAUAGCAUAAACAACAACAGAAGAUUCGAGUGUCACUAUUGUUUUAGAAACUUCCCUACUUCACAGGCCCUAGGUGGUCACCAAAACGCUCACAAACGAGAACGCCAACUCGCCAAACGCAAUGCUUCCUCUUACUUUCAUCAUCCCGACGCUAACCUCUACGGUUACCAUCACUACCCAUCCUGGAGCAGCGGGUCAUUACCGGCCGCUAGGUUCUAUGGUGCUGGACACACUUUAGGCACGUCAUCCUCGUAUGGCACACGACCGAAUGGGAGUCCAUUUGGACUAUGGCGUGUACCGCCCUCGUCGUCCAGUGUUAAAGGCAGUUAUAACACAGACGCAGCGUUUACUAGUCAUCAUGACUCUUAUAAUAACUCGACUUCACCGUUUUUGGUCGGUUCUCAACCGCAUCCACCGUUACAUGUGGGUGGCUCUUCAGCUCAGAACCGCAUGUCCUCAUACGGGCACGGUUUGAGCCCCAGUUUAAAAGAUAAUGUGAGUCUCGAUCUUCAUCUUUAACGUUACGAAGGAAGACAAACUAAAUGUCCCUUUUACUCAUCUUUUAACUAGUUCCGUUAGUAAGAUUUAAGAUUGUUGUGUAACUUAGGGAAAUAAAAAACAACAUGGUGUUUAGAUUUGUGAAAGAGAAAAGGCACGAUGUGUAGAUCUCAUGUUAACGUAAUUAUCUGGCUAGGAGUUGAUAAUAUAAUGUUCUUAACAUCAUCGAUAAUAUUAAAUAAAAAACAACUAUAUGAUUUUCCAAACGUGCGUAAAUGAGAGAAGAAAUUAUCGUUUCACGUGUCCACCACAAUUAUUGGCUUUGAAGUUUCAGCAUCAAACAUUUUUGUUUCGGGUGAAAUUCAGAGAAAUGGUCAGUCAUACUAAUAAAUAUUCAACUAAUAUCACUCAGAAAACAUAAACUUUCAACAAUAGGAUCAUAGAAUGUUAAUGAACACAAAGUUCUUUAUGUACAAUGGACUCAUCUCCAUGCCCUGGUAAAAAAAAUGGAAACUCAAGAUUUUAA